AUGACCAUGGCCGAGACAUUGUUUUCGUUAGAAGUUCACGUAGAAAGCGUAGAAAAUCUUCGAGUGGCUUGCAAGCUGCCUGCAUUGUGCUUUCGACUGCUGGAUUUUCCUACCAUGAUAAUUCACCAUGUUUCUCCUUUGGACGCUGAAAAAAUGCGGCAAAAACUUCGUUUAGAAGGAAACGAAUCAGUGCUUCAAGAUCUUAAAGAUCGCUUCGGAAAUUUCCAGUUCCGUAAAGGAAAAUCCUGCUUAUUCAAAGCAAGCAUUGACACUUUGUUGUUGCAACUUCAAACGGUGCCUCUCUACGCCAUGUUAAUGGAUUUAUGGCCAAGGAAGCCUGUUCUUGUUGGCAGCACUUUGAUUUCUCUAAAGAGAGCAAUAGACAAGAUUAGCAAAGAUGUGUAUCAGAAAGGUAUUGCGGUUCCCUCUUUUUACAGAGAUGAGGGUGAUUUUAGUGUUUAUAAUCUUAUGGGGUCGUGCAUAGCGAAGGUAAAGCUUGGCUUCCGGUUAUUGAGUUUAGGUGGGUCGCUCAUCCCCCAUAUUCCCACAGAAGCUUUAGCAAAAAGAAGCACUGAAAGGAUUGAAACAGGAGGACAGAUUGAGCAAGCUGUAAAGGGCGCCUUAGAAAAAGUAUUGCCAGAAAUUGAAUCAGGAACAUUCUUAGAGGAAGAUAUUCCAGAAGACAUUGCUGACAGUGAAACUGAUGGUCAAACAGUCAAACCAAGUCAGACACAAGAUGUAAAACAAACUGCCGAAGUUCAAACUUAUCUCCAUGCCAGGGACAUAACCUCCCAUAUCCGCUCUCACAACAGAAGAAGAAGUGUGGAAGAUUUGGUAAUAACAAACACGUUUUGCCCUCCUCCACUUUACUAUAACUGUUUCUCUAAAUCCACAGUUGAUAGUGACUCAGACACUGUGAGGAAAACAGAGCCCAGAAUACUGAAAUCUGGCAGCAGUAGUGUUGCUGGUAAUAGACAAGCUGCUGGCAGAGAUUCAGAAAGUUGUGAUGUGGAUUUCAUGUAUUUUGAACCCAGUGUUGUUCAAAGAGAUGGAACAGUGGGUGUGACGUCAGUUUCAGUACAGACUGACGAGAAAUUGCCAAAGCCUACCAUGGAACCACAAAGCAAUGGCAGUCAGCUGGAAUUGGUCAGUGGAUUAUAUAACUUGAGAGGAUUAAUAUCUGAUGGUCAUUUACCAGUUUUAAAUGCCCUGAUACAAGAGUUGUCGAGCUUGACUGGGGGACAUCAAACUGAUACUACUACCCAACCCAAUUCUUCUAAAAUUCAAACUACACCUAGGCAUCCACAGAAAUACAGCAGCAAAGAAAAAGCUAAGGGUGUAAGAAAACCAGUCACUUCAGAAAAAAAUGCUGUGCAUAUGAAGUCAUCACAGCAUGUCUCUCACCCGAAGAGUAAUCAAACCUCAGUGAUCGGUUUGCCCAAGCAAAGAGUACGCUUCAAGCAAACAAGUCUUACUUAUGGAAUGACAAAAACACAACAGAUGAGGCUUGAAAUGAAUCAGAAGGACAAGUUAACAAACAGAAGGAGACCCUGUGAGGCUCAUGCAGCAGCUUUAGCUCAAAAGGAAAAUAAGAGAACUUCAUUGCAAGAAACUUUUGGUGAAGGUGCUUUAGGGAUGACUUACAAAAUAGGCUCAGGAAGGAAGCUGUUAGGAGGAAGGCCAAAACAGAUGGCAGAUGCACAAAUUCAAACUCAGGAAUAUUCUUCUGAGCAAGGACUGCACGAGGUAGAAAUUGCUCCACCCAGUUCAGAAGACGUGAGAGAGAACAGAGAAAAGCCAGCUGUUGAGUUAGUUGAGAGUGAGGAGAGAAUUAAGACUCCAAACAGUGUGGAGGUUUUUAUUCCACAAGUUGAAGGUAUGUGUACCAUUUUUGUAUUUUUUUUUACUUUAGCAGGCUUUUAUAAAGACCAGUAGGCCUCAAGCUGAUAGGAGAUAGCUUAAGCAACAGCGUUUUUGAGGCAUGCGUAUCAACUGGAAGUGAGGCCUUUCUCUUUUAUUAUGCCUUGCAGCUACCAAAUUGUCUUGUAAGUGUCUUUACUCUAACAGAUGAUUUGCCCAAGAAAUUUAGGCAAAAGCAUUGCCUUAGAAUGCAAGAAGUCCUCUUCCGGUUGAAGUAUAUUGCUCAUGAAGGUCUUUAGCUCGUUUUUAACUGUUUUUCUCUCUGGCUUAUUACUGGCUAUUCCUAUCCACAUGGGUAGAUUGUUGCCAAUUUUUCCUUAGUUAGGUUUGUCAUUUCUACUUAUCACUUUGUGAAGGUUGACCAGGAGAUUGUGUUUAUAUAUUAGAAAGACUAACUUUAUUGGCAUGUGUGAGGUUAGAUGCAUCAGAUUUUGAAUUUUAAGCUUUGGCUUGCUAUUUCAUAGAAACAAACCUUCAAAAACUCAUUAAUAUUCAGUAGGCAUAUUGUCCAAUUGACUUUGCGGAUUUAAUCACAUAGGAGGACCUUUAUACCUGAAAACUUGAAAUCCUAGUGACAGCCCUGCUAUCAGAAUGUUUUGGGGACAAUAGCAGGGCUCUCACUUAUGGUUGAGGGUCAGGGAUUUUCCCCAGCUGCUAAGAGUAUAAGCCUCAGCUAUGGAAAAGAAAAGAAAUGUAAAACCCAAAGAACUACAUAGUUGUUUAAUUCCCCGGCUAAAUCAAGCCUUAGAGCCUUAUUAGAAUAGACUGGGAAUGUGCAUUUAUGUACAAUCUGUGAAAAUAAAUUCCCAGUUGGUGGUCCUUGAAAGGUCCUUGAAAAAUAGUUGCAAUUUUUUAUAUGAACCCUGUUUCAUGAUCUUGUAGUAGCAGAGCCUGAAGAGAAGAGUGAUAAGGAAGGCGAAUGGAGUACAGAUCAGCCCCCUGUUAGAGGAUUGUACGGCCAUACAGGCAUAGUAAGCUCAGAGUAUGACAACAGAGGAGGGGGGUCUGCUAUGACUAUGUAUACUGAGGACUUUAAGGAAUCAGACCAGGAGCCGGGAUCACAAAGGUCACUUCAUUUAGAUUUCACAAGAAGUAGUAGCGCAGAUCACGAAAACUUGAAACGGAGUUCUGAUCAUCAUGAUUCAUCCGGAAGCGUGCACUCGCAGAGUAGCUCUUUUUCAUCAGAAAAGCCUGUGAAAUCUUCCAAAUCUCCUGUCAAAACUAAAUCAAGGAGACGGAAAACGAGGAUUGAGGUAUCCGAGAGGCUGGAACGAAAGAUUACCAUUCAGUCAGAAGAAGAGUUGGACAUAGCGGUGGAUCAAGCGCGACCGUUAGAAAGACGAUCCUCAUCAGGUGAAAGCAAAGAUCAAAGAGAAGAUAGUAAUGGGAACUACACUGAUGACUUUCACUCUGCUGGCUCUGAACUUGAGAACAGCCAAGCAUCGGGUGCUUCUGCGUCUGUUGACAGUGACAUUGAUGCUGAACAGUUUCCUGGAGUGCUUGAUCUUCCGCCUCCAGCCAAUAAUCUUGGUUACACUUGCUAA